AUGGAAUCUCUCCCCAUCGAAAUCCUUCACCAGGUUAUCUCUUGCCUUCCACAGACUAAUCUGGCUGGAUACGCCAGUGUCAGCAAAGACUGGAACGCAAUCAUUGAGGGACAGACAUUUGCUUCAAUACGCUUAACUCCUUCUGAUUUACUUAGAUUUCGCCAAAUUCUCGACUUCUCUGCCACAUCCCCUCAUCUCCAAAGAAGACGUGCUCAAGUGAAAUCUGUCCUAUUCAAAGCUGUUCUCGCGGAAUAUAAUGUGGCAGCUCGCUCAAAGUAUGAAACUCAAGAGGACCAGGCCAAAAACAACAAAGCCUACUAUCAGGCAAUCAAAUCUCUAUUUGAAACUUUAGCCCUAUGGCCGGAAAGCGAAGGCUGCGAGAUAUUGCUUGAAAUUGCAGCUCAAUCUCCCAGUGACUUGCAAGCAGAAACAGAUCAAAAGAAAAUGAUGCAGCGUAUAUUCACAUUACAUACUCUUGACAACAAAAAAGAUCUUUGCAAUGGGAGAUUCGCGCAUUCUCUUUUGAACAUCGACGAAGAAAAGGAAAGUCUCUGCCUUGUUCCAGUAGUCGGGGGUAUUGAUAUCUGGAGCGCUGGGCGAUAUCGAAAAGUUACCCCGUCCGCUCAGUCAAAGAUCAUAUCUCGACUACCGCGGCUCCAAUCCAUACAAAUCGACCCAGAUGAUAACGAAAGAAAAAGUGAGAUGCUCAGAAACAAUCUCCGCAAAGGUAUACACAGUCUGCUUCGAGUAUUUAUUGUUGUUCCCGGGCCCAACUUGAAGAUCCUUAUACACAUUCAGCACAUGUUAACGAAUGAAUAG